AAAAGAAGUGUUUUAUCGAGUCGUUCACUUGUUAAUUUUGUAAAUAGAAAUGUGAAUAAUAGGAAAACAAUGAUUAAUAUCGGAAAGGAACAUUUUAGAAUGUUGGGAACUAGUAAUGCAAAAUUACUUUCUAGAAUGUUUGAAAAUGAUCAAGAACAACAAGCCUACGAAAGGGAAAAGGAAAGGCUUUUUAGACAACAGCAACAACAACAACAAGAACAAAAACAAGAAGAAUAUUCCGAAUAUAAUACUCAAUCAAAUCAACAAGAAUCAUCAGGACCAAGCACUAUCGUAACUGGUGUUGUCUUUACUUGUAUUUGGUAUGGUAUUAAAUAUCUAUUGGAAAAGGCUCAAGUAACAAUUAGAGAGAAUGAGUACUUUGAAUGGAUGUCGAAAGGAAAUUUCAAUGAGGACGACUUGUCUGCAACAGAUGAGGCUAGAAUUGUUUCUCUCCUCACUGAUAUCAAAACUUUAUUGAAGGAAAGAAUUGCUAUGGAGGAAUUUUACAAUCAGAACUUUGUCAAGAAUAUUUUCAAGCUAUCCCUCUCAAAGAAUAAUAAUCUUAGUGAACCUGCUUUAGAGCUCAUGUCAUUAAUUUUCAAGGCUGGCUCUCCUCCCCGUUUGGCAGAGACUUUCUACAAGGCUUCAACUCAAACCAAGGAGUUUAAUAUUAUUAGAAUUGUGAUUGAUAAUAUUAAGGCAUUCCAAAGUACAUCAGCUCACAUUUCUUUUGAGGAAUUGGCCGCUCUUGCUAGUAAAUCUUCAAGAGAGGUCAGUACUGCUGACAGAUUCCAAAAAUCUCCUGACAUGAAUCAAACUAGAGCUAUUGUUUUGAGAGAAAAGAGAUCACUCUCAUUACUUUCUCACUUUUUUGCAAACAAACAUUUACUUCAACAUUUUCUCGAGGAUGAAACAUACAAGAACGACAUUACCAACAUGUUCACAAAGGGAAAUGAUUUGGAAAAAUUUGUGGCAUUGAUUUGUGUUAAUGGAAUUGUAUUGUCAAGUUUAACAAAGAGUAGAAUGAAGCCACUCUCUGAAUCCAAUCCAAAACUUGUAGAUGCCAUGAAUCUAGCAUCCUCUCGUGUUGGAGAUCAAUACUUUAAACAUCAUGUUGCUGUGAUUGGAAAAUAUAUUGAUGGAAUGAAUGAAAAUAGUCUGGUUGUUCAAUUGCGGGCUCCAAACUCUACCAAUUUAGUAGGAUCAGCACUCGUCAGUUUUGUUUGCUAUCUCCAUUUGAAACAUCAAAGAGGUAUCACAAUACCAAAAGCAGUUUUCAGAGGAGCUACCCUUUUUGCCUAUUCAAUCUACUAUUCCACAUAUCAGAAAAACCUUUGCAACUUUUUAUCUGACAGAACUCACAAAAAGAAUCACGACCAACCACUCCAAUUGUACAAUAGUUUGUGGAAUCAAUCAGAAUAUAAUACUGUUUUAUUGAAUGGAAUUUUAUGGGCUGUUGCAUUUACAGUUGUUGGUAAUUGGUUUGCAAUUGCUCCACUCAUUCUCUUUUAACUUGAAUAAACAACUUUAUUUG